AUGACUUAUAAGUCAGAAAUCGAUAUUUUAGAUCCUGAGAGCGAUGAAAGAUCUGCUGUUGAAGACUCUCCAGACGAACCUUUGAGUGCAUCUUUCAAUAUUUCAGCCUCUAAUAAAGAUAAUGUUAUCUUGGCUACGGCUUUGGUUAAAAUAAAAGAUAGAUCUGGGCAAUAUGUAUUUGCUAGGGCAUUAUUGGACUCUGGAUCACAAAUUAAUUUUGUAUCUGAAGAAUUGUCGCAACGAUUGCAAUUAGAAAAAGAAGAAAAUAAUUUCAGUCUUGUAGGCAUAGGGAAAACUAAUUCUGCAGCCAAAUUCAAUAUUCAAGCUACUGUGAAAUCUCGAGUGAAUUCCCACAAAUUUUCUUCCGACUUUUGGGUUCUUCGAUCGAUUUCCGGUUAUCAGCCAGAUACGGUAAUUUCUAUCACUGGUUGGAAUAUUCUUAAUAAUAUUGAGCUUGCUGAUCCAUACUUUUUCAAACCGCAGAAAAUUGAUAUGUUGAUAGCCGCUGAGAUUUUCUUUGAACUGUUAUGCGUUGGUCAAAUAAGACGAAGUCCCGACAUCCCAUCUGUUCUCGGUUGGGUUGUGUCUGGUAAAUACAAAAAUUGUAAGACUUCGACCAACAAAAUUGUUCAGAGAUUUUGCGAAUUGGAAGAAAUUCCCAGAGACACAAAAGCUCUAACUUUAGAACACCAACAAUGUGAAGAGAAAUUUGUUGAAUCAAUUAGACAAUUGCCAUCUGGCAGAUUUGAAGUAUCGCUCCCUUUCAAAGACGAUCCGAGUAAAUUGGGUUGUUCUUUUGACAUAGCCAGAAUUCGUUUUCUUUCAAUGGAACGUCGCUUAUCAAAAGAUUUGAAAACGAAAGAGAUGUACAAUAAUUUUAUGAAAGAGUACAUUGAGCUGGGACACAUGUCUAUUACAGGCAAUAAAAUACCAAAUUCCCCACAUUAUUUUAUACCACAUCAGUGUGUAUUGCGUCCACAGAGCAUAUCGACGAAAUUUCGAGACAGAAAAUUCCAAUUAAUACUUUGGCGUGAAAGUGAGAUAGAUAGCCUUGAAAUUUACAAACUGAAUGCAGUUACUUAUGGCACCAAGUUGCCAAUUGGAUCUAAAGUUGUCCGUAGAGAUUUUUACGUCGAUGAUUUGCUAACUGGAGCAGAUUCAAUUGAAGAACUUGAGGUAAUACGAAAUCAAGUCACUGAAAUAUUGCAAUCAGUUGGGUUAAAUCGGACUAAAUGGGUUUCUAAUUAUGAAACCAAUCCUAAUUCCAGUAUGAUUCAAAAGAAUAUACAAGAAAUAUAA